AUGCAGUUCUCUGUCUUCUCUACCUUGCCCUUUUUCACUGCAGAUAAUGUCGCCUUCACUGAGCGGCUUCUUCAGGCCAUAGCAUGGUCUAUUCAAAGACUCAAGUUUGACUUUUUUCUACGAAUAGACGAUGAUCAUUUUCUUUGCCUGGAUCGUCUUCUGUACGAGUUGAACUACCGGCCCAAACAAGCUCUAUACUGGGGAUUCGUCCACUGUAGGCCGAAAAUCGUCCGCGUAGACGAGGCGUGGCUUAUGUUGACUCGUGACUUGAUCGAGGAAAUCUUGGAGAAGAGAAACUCCACUCUACUUUGCUCUCCGUACGGCGACCAAGCUGUUGCCAUAUGGAUGGGAAAUAGCUCUAAAAAUGUGACAUAUUUCAUGGACAAUCAUCGGAUAGUGCAUAAAAGUGCGGGCAAAGAUCAAAAGUUCUUUACGAAAGAUGUUUGCAUGAAAUAUUUAAGUCUCCAUGGAACUUAUCCCAAGGCUAUGAGACAGUUGUGGUUGGUAGCAAGCGGGUUUCGUCAAAGGACCCCGGGAGCUAUCGCGUAUACUGUUAACAAAAUAGAGCCAUUUGAUAGACUAUGUCCUCACUCUCCCCGGUUUGAUUACCGUGGGUUUAUACCCGAAUAUCAGUUUAAGCCUAAGCCUUGCUAUGAAAAUCCCAAGUGGGCUUUGUCCAAAGAGAGACAUGUUGGACGAGAGGAAACUGGGGAGAGAUAUUCAAAAUACAAAUGA